AUGUCCAAAAAAUGUUCUUAUUUUCUUGAAACUCCACCCAGAGAUUACAGCUUUUUGGGUUUUUAUCAAUAUCGUCGACAGCAGUCCGAUUUCACUUUCUCAUUUAGAAAGGAGGCCCUUAAGCUCAAGAGCGAUCUCAACGAACUAAUGAAUGAUGAUUCAGAGGAAGUUAAGACGGCUGUAAGCCAUCUAUUACACAAUUACAAGAAUCAUCGCGAAAGAUAUCAUGACGUCCGGGUAUUUUGGAAUGAAAUAGAAUCAUCUACUGUCAAUUCGAAUUUACACUUAGAUAAGGUAAGGACUGCUCGAACCGUGAUGCACGGAACCAGGAAUUUGAUCAAAACCGCUAUCAAAGAAAUCGACAGAACACUGAAACCCGAUGAAAGUUUAGUUUCUAAUAAUAAAUUGGAUGAUGAUGACGUGACUCCUAGCCGAAAGAAGCAAAGAACUGAUGCUGAGUUUCCUCCUUCUACAAGCGUACAAACAUCCACCAUUUUUAAACCUGAUAAUGUAAGCACUGAAGAGCUUGGGGACGACGAGGAAAUCAAAUUUGAUCUAACAAACAUUUCGAUGGAAUUAAAGUGCGAACCGGUGGUUAAAUGGGAAAUUGGUUGUAUUAAUAUAACUGAUAGAUUUCGGUGUUAUCAGGAAGACGUUCUCAAGAAGGCGGAAAGAGAGGGUUUAAAAUAUGAGAAUAUUUACGAACUCUUAGCUUUAUCGUCAAUAAUGGUGCUCUGCUGGCCAUGUCCGUACCCCAUGUUCACGAAUCAAGAAUGGGAAGAGAUAACGAAAACUAAUCCUUAUAUCAUAAGCGAACCACCACUUCCACCGGAAAUUUCGUCUUCUCUUCGUGAUGCAGUUAAUAGAUAUUUGAUUGGUGGAUUUGUCUUCAUGGAACGUGGAAACACAGAGUUGAAUAAGAUGGUUGCACUUAUGUUUAACAACCUAUAUUAUGGUAUUCCAGAGGUUGCUCCUUCGAAGUUGUCCGAGGAAGAGCACUGUGAAAUGUUUAUUUAUCCAAUUGCUCGUUCGUUUCGUAAAUCCAAAAAAGAACAUGAACUUAAAUUAAAUCGUGCCAACGUUGGCUCAAAGACGAGACCAGACCUUUCUUGUACAGUGAAUGGUGUACCAAUCCUAAACUCGGAGUUUAAGCCACUGGGUUGCACACCAUUACAACGGAAGAAGGAUAAGUUGAAAGUUCAGUUAAAAGCCCGAAAAUCAAUUAAUCAACAAUUGAAAAGUAAGAGAGGCCCAGGUGAAGCUGUCAUGUUUCUAAACAUGGGUGAUUCAAUGGAAUCAUUCUUCAUGGAUCUGAAGUACGAUGGGUUAUACCGCUCCUGGUCAUUUCUCACAACCAAACUAGUGGUCGACAAGGCUACGAUCCCAUUAGCGGGGUUCGCAAUCAGCCAUUUUAUGGCUUUGGAGGAACGUGUUGAAAAGAUUGCGAAGGACUUCAAAUAUCGAAGUAGUCAAUUCACGCCACCUGCACAGAUGUCUUUUGUGCGCAAGCUUCCGGAUUCUCCACAAGUAAAGAUGUUACUUCAUUAG